AUGCAGAACACAUCAGCCCACAUCCUCACACCGCCUUCCAGCGCCAGAUCUUCUGUCUUCAACCUCGAGGCCAGCGAGGCUAUAGAGCCCAAGGAGCCAGUUGUCGCAUCUUCGAUUUCCUCUGAUCCCGUUAAACAAGACGAGCCGCCAAAGACCAUCACGUUAACCCAAGAGCAGCUCCAGGAUCUCAUCGCGAAUGCUGUGUUAAAGGAGCUCCAGAAGCUUUCGUUGGGCACCCCAAACGCAGCUCCCGCGAGUGCAACGAAUGCCAAGGCCAAGACAGACGCCGAAGACGCUCCAAAGAGCCCGGCUAGGGCGCCCAGUGCCAGUGAACAAUCUUCCACUGGGACGAAGCCUCGGGCGACCGGGAACUACUCGGGAAACAGCCACAAUGUGGGGUCCUUCAACACCCUCGGCGGAAUGACAUUAAAAGACAACCUUCCUGACUUCUCAAACAACGACAAUAAUUUUGGCGCCUUUAACUACAGCAGUGAACCAAUGUCAAAAAUGGCCGCGUUUGACUUCGCCAAAGCAUUUGGAUUCCCUGGAAUGAGCAUGUUUGGCGGAGAUGGUAGCUCCAAAGGAGGGAAGCCUGCCCACAAGUGUAAGCUCAGCUAUCUCCCUCUCGCCAACUCGUAUUGA